AUGGAGGCGGCGGGCGAGGAGCGGAGGGCGCCGGCUGCCUUCGUGGCCGCUCUGGGGCCCGAGGCCGGCGGCGCCGCGGUCGCGGUGCUGCCCGAGCGGCUGCAGCGGCGGGAGGCGGAGCGGCAGCGCGGCGUGGCGCGGCAGCGGGAGCUGAAGGAGGCGCAGGCGGUGCCGGAGGAGGGCAGCGAGUUCUUCGCCGCCGCCUUCGGCCGGGAGCGAGAGGCGGUGGCGGCGCUGCUGGCGGCGGGGCGGCCUGAGGAGGCGGCGGCGCGGCUGCAGGGGCUGCAGAAGCUGUUGACCGAGAGCGUGCGCUUCCUGUCUCCCUACGAGGUACGGCAGGGCCAGGAAGCCGUGUCCCGGCUGCAGGCCGACCUGGCGGCUCGGCGGCAACAGCUGCAGCCCAAGAAGAAGUUCGCCUUCCGCAGCCUGAAAAAAGAGGCGGCCCCGGGCGCCGAGCCGCGCCCCGCCGAGCCCGAGGAGUCGGCCGAGCCGCCGGCCCCGGGCAGCGCCGAGGGGGAGCCGGGCGGGCCUCCGCUGUGCGGCUUCAGCCGCGCCGAGGAUCGGGAGCUGGAGCUGGGCCCGGAGGAGCUGCUGCAGCGCGACGUGGUGCUGGAGGAGCUGCGCGGCUGCCGGGUGCGGCUUCGCGGCAACCCCAACACGCUGCGGAUGCGCGAGUGUCGCGGCUGCACCGUGCUGUGCGGGCCCGUCUCCACCUCCGUGCUGGUGGAUGGCUGCAGCGAAUGCCAGCUGGUGGUGGCCUGCCAGCAGCUCCGCACGCAUCGCACCCGCGGCAGCCGCUUCUACGUGCAGGUGACCAGCAGGGCCGUCAUCGAGGACUGCAGCGAGGUGUCCUUUGCGCCCUACGCGUGGAGCUACCCGGGCAUCGAGGCGGACUUCGAGUCGUCCGGGCUGGAUAGAAACAGAAACAACUGGAACCUGGUGGAUGACUUUGACUGGCUGGCGAGCGACAGGCCCUCACCCAACUGGAGCCUCAUCCCCGAGCAAGAGCGCGUCAGCUGCUGGGACUGACCGCGAGCGAUGGAGCCUGCCGGCAACGUGCUGAUCCGCGGGCGGGAGGGCUUCAUCCCUACGGGCCGUAAAAUGAUUGCGGGUGGUGCUUCAGUGGGGAGUUACAGCCUGUGGCUGGUUGCUCUCCUUGAAAAAUUUCACUCGGAUGUAGUUUACUAUUACUAAACUUGCUGCUGUAAUCUGUAUGUAUCGCUGUGGGGUCGGCCAACUGCUGCAUUAACUCAUUGGUGAAUUUCUUUAAUUAAAAUGGGGCUGGGGGCACCGGUAUUCACGUGGCAGCAGUCCUUGAUUGGAGCUGCUGUGCUGCUGUCACUUAGCCAGGCAGAAUCCGAGCUCCCUGCUAGUGCAAGCUGUAGUCAACUGAAAAGAGGGAAUGCCAAAUCUGUCCCAUUUCUGUGGUGAAGCAAUUACAGACUGCUGUUACGGAUAUGGGGGAGGGAGAUAUUCAGUGAAGCAGCAAACAGAGGUUUAAAGAGAGGGAGUUUGUACAUGGGUACUGUAUGUCAGGUGAAUCCUGGGCCGCAGUGCGUCUGGGACCCAGGUUCUGCUGUGUGGGUGACAACUGUUAGUCAGACUUCUAUUUCAAGGAAAAAAAGGUUAAUGAAAAUGUAAUGUUCUUCUACUGUAUUAAUGAUUGAAAUCUAUCUCUAGAAGGUAGAUAAAUACUGAACAACAGCAGUCUCAAAAUAUGCUAGAGGAAGCUGCUUCUGUAAACAGCAGGAACCCGAAUAAGAUUAGAUUUGUAUGGCCUGAGAGGUACACCCAUUGUUUGCUGACAGACAUGACAAGUUUUCAGGGCAGCAGUGUUCAGACAUGUCCCAGUGGUUGGUUUUUCUGCUGGCAGCCAGUGAGCUUUGCUGUGAUCAUAGCUCACAGCACUGCCAUUGCCUAUCGUGUGCAGUGCUGACAGAGGGACUUCAUAAAAAGUGAUAACAAAGCACAGUAUUUGGGUUCCAGAAUAACAACUUGCAUAAAGGCCCUUGGUGCACAGUUACCUCUCAAGUCCCAUUUAUUCACUCUUGUUCAGUACCAGAAAAAAACUGCAUUAUGAUGGAGGUUUCUUUUUAUAAUGACCUCUUAACAGUAUGAAGGAAAUAUUACCUUGCCUAAACAGCAGCUCAAAAGUUGUAUUUAAGAACUCUGCCUAAUAUUUAUGCUGCCCUAUCACUGUAUGUGCCUCUAAUACUGAUUAAUCCAUCAAAGUCAUGUCAGUGCUGUGAGGAGUAUUUUGAGUUCUUAACUGUUUUUGGAGCAACAAAGAAACUUAGCCUGUUUUUUCAGUACUUUAAUUUAAAGGGAAUUAAAAAGGGGUGUUUUUUGUUUUUUAUUUUCACAACUUCACCGUUGUUUACUUCUGUUCGUGUACACUUUUUUUUUGAAUGAACUGGAUUUUGCAUUUCAGUUACUUGUUUUGAGUUGUUCCUUCAACAUGCAUUGACAGCAUCAUAAAAUCAUUCAGAGGGAACACCUAUACUGUUGCUUUAACAUAUGCUGGUUUUAAUAGCUGCUAAAGGGAGAUGAUUAGAUGCAACUCCGAUAUAUCUUAAUUUCAACACACGGAUGUACAGAGCCUGGUUAGAUAAUAUUGCUUCCUCACAUAUGCUGGUAAUGACAGACCCAUUCUUGGGUCAUGAUAGCAAGAUGUUUGGCCUGUUAUAAAAAUAAAGCAAAAGCCCACACAAACA